GGAAAGCUGAUGCAGCAACAACAAUCCCUCUCACCACCAGGAGCGAAGCCUGAGCGAGGAAAGACCCUCUGAACAUCUGAGCCGCAUUGAGCACAAUGGCCUCCACUACCUCCAUGCGCAGCUUCUCGGUGCGACAGCCCUCCUUUUCCAGUGUGUCUGUGAGGGACAGUGGACGUAGCAUUCGCUCCAAGCCCCAUGUCUCCCCUCUGUCCACCAUCAACACGCUGUCUCUGUCCCGUUCUGUCUCAAUGGGAAAUGGCCUCAACAUGCUGGGCUCCAGCCUCUCCCUCAACGGCCUCGGCGCCAGCGAGAAGGAGACGAUGCAGGGCCUGAAUGACCGGCUGGCCAUCUACCUGGACAAGGUGAGGUCUCUGGAAAGGUCCAACGCUGAGCUGGAGGCAAAGAUCAAGCAGAUCAUGAUGGAGAAAACUCCAAAAUGUCAUGACAUCGACGGGAUGAUGGCUCAGGCACAUGCCAUCGGGCAAGAGGUGAGAAAGAGGACCCUGGAGAACGCCCGGAUCAUGCUGGAGAUUGACAAUGCCAAGCUGGCAGCCGAUGAUUUUCGGGUGAAGUGGGAAGCGGAAGCCUCUUUGUGCCAGUCUGUGGAGAGGGACUGUCAGGCUCUGAAGAGAGCGAAGGCAGACCAUGAUCAGAUCAUCGCCACCCUGAGAGGAGACCUGGACAGCCUGAAGGAGGAGCUGUACUACCUCAAGAAGAACCACGAUGAGGAGAUGAGCACCCUGAAGGCGCGUCUCACCAAUGAGCAGGUGAGCGUGGAGGUGGAUGCAGCUCAGGGGCCCGACCUGGGGGCCAUCAUCGCUGAGCUGAGAGUCCAGUAUGAAGGUAUUGCUCGCAAGAACAAGGAGGAGGCUGAAGCCUGGUACCUCAAGAAGUUGGAGGAGGUUCAGUCGGAGGUCAAAGAAAACAACGAGGCGCUGCGUUGUGCUCAGGGCGAGCUCAGUGAAAGGAAACGGUUCCUGCAGGCUCUGGAGGUCGAGCUCGACAGUCUCCGGAGACAGGUGAGCGUGUUGGAGGGGAACCUGGGAGAAACUGGACACAAAUACUCUGUGGAGAUGGACCGUCUUCAGGCCACACUGGUGCAGCUGGAGGACGAGCUGUCUCAGCUGCGUUUGGACAUGCAGCGCAACAAAACCGACUACGAGCAGCUGCUGCGCAUCAAGCAGAACCUGGAGAUGGAGAUCGCAACCUACAGGAGGCUGCUGGAAGGAGAGGAAAUGGUGAAACAAACUCCUCCGCCUCCUAAAAAAGACCCCGAGGUUCGCACCAGGAAGAUCGUAAAAGUCGUCACGCAGACGAUGAUUAAUGGGAAGGUGGUCGAUGAGUCCAGUGAGGUGGAGCAGAUCGAGGACAGAAAAAAAUGAGCCGAGACGAAGCGUCAAACCUGCCUCUAAUCCAAAGUCCCCCGGGGAUGACAUUUACACGACCGGUUUUCUUCUUUUUCUCCCUGGGGGUUGUUUUUAAAUGCAAGAAACAAAAUUGAAGAUUGAAGUUUGUCUAAACAUUAUUUUAUUCCACUACAAUCAAUAUAUAUCUGCUAUUUUCAUUCAACUUUGGCACCCUGAUCAGGUUUUAGGCUUUUUAAUGAUGGAUAAAUAAGUUAUUAUGUGUUGAAGUGGUCGAUAUUUGGUUUCCAAUGAUCCCAUGAAGGCCUUCAAACAAGUCUAGUUUAUUUUACUAAAUAAAUUAACAAUUUCAAA